CCCUUAGCCCACAACCAGACCCAUAUUCGCCGCGCUGUGUAUUCUGGGAACACACAGUAGUUUCAAGAUGGCGGCGAGCAGGAGGCUGGCCAAGGAACUUGAAGAGAUUCGCAGGUCUGGAAUGAAGAACUUCAGAAACAUUCAAGUUGAGGAAUCAAACCUAUUGUCAUGGCAAGGGCUCAUUGUUCCUGACAACCCACCUUAUGAUAAAGGUGCGUUCAGGAUCGAAAUCAUUUUCCCCACCGAAUAUCCUUUCAAGCCUCCCAAGAUCACAUUCAAGACAAAGAUCUAUCACCCUAACAUCGAUGAGAAGGGACAGGUGUGCUUGCCUGUGAUCAGUGCAGAGAACUGGAAACCUGCCACCAAAACUGACCAAGUAAUUCAGUCCCUCAUUGCGCUGGUUAAUGACCCCCAGCCGGAGCAUCCCCUGAGGGCAGACCUAGCAGAAGAAUACUCAAAGGACCGUAAAAAAUUCUUGAAGAAUGCUGAAGAGUUUACAAAGAAACAUGGUGAAAAGCGGCCAAUGGACUGAUCACCUGAUGAGCGUGUAGCCCUCUCUCUGUCUGUCUCCCCCUCUCUUAUCUCACCUGCCCGACCAAAUACCGUUCUGUCACUCGCCUCUCUGCUCUCCCCCCACACCUCAGCACCUUCCUCGCUCACUCUUCUUUCUCCUCCUCCCCCACACCGGUCCUCCUUGCAGCCCAGGAGCUGCCCAGCUGAAGCAAGGCAGCGGCACCCUAAGCCGCCCUCCUCAUCCAGGAUUCUGUGGAUCAGACAGCUUCCUCGCCCUCCUCUUCCUCCUUCUCCUCCUCCUUCUCCUUGGCCAUAAAUAUCUAGACCAUUUCUAACUUUCUACUCCUUUCUUAAAGUGAAAAUGGAAAAAGAAAUGCUAAGGGAACAUGAUGUUCAGAUGAAGAAUUAGAUGGAAAUACUCAGAGUAAUGUGUUAAUUUUCUGUUGGCUUUUCCUCUAUAUAAACAACUGUUGUGUUAAAUAGAUCUCACUUAGACAUGAUUUGUUCUGAUGUAUUUUAUUGUUUUGCAGAGCGGGAAAAGUGGUCGAUGACUUUUUUCUUUUGACCUAUCAUCCAUAAUCUUUUCAGCUAAAAAACAAACAUGACUGAAAAAAAGAGAAGCUGUAGCUAGGACCUGGAGGCACGUGCUGACUGACAGGUUUCCCUUACCUCCACUGCUUCUAGACUUGCACUGUACUCUGUGGAACAAUCCCUCUCACUUCUCCUUCCCCACAGUUUGUAACCCACUGAGCAGAAACAUACAAUGACAGGCCAUACAUGGAUCAAAUUGUUAAAAUUGUUGUUAGAAAAUUAUUUGAGUGUGCAUGCAGGUAGUAUUAGCACACCUUUAAAGGCAAAUGAAUUAAUACUAUCCACCCAUUUUCUCAGAUAUACUGUGAUGGGUUUUGCAACACAGAUCAGUUGCACUUUUAAGACCAUGUUGUUAAAACUGUUUACUGCAUCACAAAUGGCUACUCUGACUGUCUUUUCCUUUAUUAACUAACUUUUGAUUGGCACUUGAUACAUUAAAGUGGUGGCAAUGUGGGAAGAACCUGUUAAGUUAGUUCAUUUGAAUCUUCCAGACAUGUCUCCUCUCCCACUAUUGGGCACCCCAGUAUAACCAUCUAUCACAUUAUAAACAGAGCCCUUUACCACACUGAGACGUAUUCCAGCAUCAGAUUGAUUGUCAGCUGUCCAGCUGAAAGGGACCUAAGUCAUUGGGAGGGGGGAAGGAGAUGCUGGAGAAGGAUGCACCCAGCUGGAAUGGAGUUCAGUUCCUGGAGGCGGUCCUAGAAACAAGCACCUUGAAGGCAGCUGGGAGAGGGCUGGCUGUCCGGGGAUGUAUCAGGACAUGGGAAGGGACUGCAGUGGCCAAAAAUCCACCGUGUAACAGCUGUUUGAUCUGGUCCCAAUAUCGUUUCAUAAUAAAGAUGGCUAACCAUUUGGCCUCACUGUC